AUGGCCGGACCAUCUCCGGAGUCAAACGGCUAUUCCGAAAGGCUAUACCAGGCGGAGAGGGAUCUUGAACUUGCCGCACAAAUUGGGCAAUCUCUGUUAGAACAAAAUAAAGAUUUACAAACAAGAAAUGAAUUUCUAGAAGAAAAUUUAGCCACAAGUUCCGAAACGAUCGUUCAAUUAAACCAUGAGCUUAAUAAGAGAAUUGAGUUAUUACGGGUAUACUCAUAUUAUGAUGAUGAUGAUGAAAUGGGAAAUGACGACGCUUCAUUAAGACAAAGAAUCGAUAAGCUUGUAUCGGAAAAUAGGCGGUUGAAAGCAGAGACAAAAUCAUUGCAAAAGGAAGCUGAUGGUAUUGAUGAGAAAUCAAAGAAACAUCUGAACGAUUUAAUAAAGCAGAUUGAUAUAGCUAAUGAGAAGAUUGAAAAUUUACACUCAGCGAUACAAGUAAAAAAUGAGGAAUGUUCGAUGCAAUCUCAAUCAAUCGAAAAACUCUUGCAUGAGAUAUCUCUUAGACACAAUAAAGAACGGAAGUUGCUCCGAAUUAAUGACGAGAUAACCAAGCAAUUAGAUGAAGCAAUAGAACGUCAGGGAUCUUUACUAUCAGAAGCUCAAAACUUACAGAAUGAUUAUCUAGAGUUGAAAAGUAUGUUUUAUGAAGCAGAAGAAGAAUUGAUGAAGUUUAGACAACAAGCUCCACAUCAUAGAAGUCGCUCGUUCGAUUCCGUUUAUGACUCUUUAGCGUCGGAAUUAGAGAACUCAGAUACCGGUAUGAUAUCGGCUCCAACGUCUUAUCGAAGUAUUAAAGCCCCCCAAGGGUUCCAUCUGAAUCUCGAAAAAAUUUAUUCAGGUAGUGGUGACACGAUUGAAGUGGAUGUACCGUCUGCUGCUUUUAUGGAACUAUCAAAGAAAACAUUUUUAAUUGAAAACGAUCUUCCUGCUGUACCAACACAAACUCCUCAGAAUGAACGUCCUGUUUUUGAUCCGUUCGAAAAACACAAGGAAAGCAUGGAUGCUUAUGUGAGCGAGAAAGAAGAAGAAGAUGAUUUGAACGCAACCGAAUCAACUUGUUCUGAAACCAAGGAUGAGCCAAUCAAAAGUAUCGUUCUUUGUGAUGCUUCCACCAGCACAGAUUUUGUAAGCGCUCCCUUCUCGCGUCAUUUAAAACUGGACAAAAAGAAUCAUCUCAUCGGCAAGAGUCAACCUGUUCCGAUUGGUUUGAACUUAGUCGCGAACAAAACGGAACUAAAAAAAUCCGACUCACUGGAUUCUUUAGACGGCUAUGUAGCACCUAAAUUAGGGGAGCCGGGGAUUCCAGGAACGAGAGAUUUAGACUUUUCCUUGAAAUAUCUGAAAGCAAAACUACAGAUUGAGCAAGACUUUGCGCAAUUUUGCCAACGUAAAGGCUUAACGCUCCGCAAUUUCUGCUCACCAGGAGGCUGUGCCGAUACGACGAGGAAAAAUCAAAACUCAGACGAUUUCGUGAAUUAUAGUGUUUUGUACGCAAGAGAAUCUCAAAGGCACCUCUCAUCCCCCCUCCAUGCUGCUGUCACACAAAGUUUAGCGACAAAUUGUGAAGGUGUCCUUACUAGGAACUCGCUAGUCCCUGGACAUGUACAAAUUAAUUCCUCUCCCUUGGAAACAAACGGUUUAGCAACAAUCACUGGUGGUUCUAUAAUUAGUUCAGGCGGAAUACUGAAAAGGCUUUAG